CAUUCCCCCACAUCGUCGGUUCCACUUUUAUUAGAUUUCUUGUUUUUACCUUUUUCAUUUUUCUGGCAUUGCAUUUCUCUUCUUAACUAUCCCUCACUCGGAUGCUUGACAGAAAGGUUUCUCAUUGGUAGUACUGCUCGCUCGUCUUGACCAAGAGAACGUCAGCCAUUCCAUUUCUCUCCGGCGGUGCUCUGCCUCGGCGGUUAACUGUAGCAUUUGGGACCAUACAAUGGUUCAUGUAAAUGUGAAGAACAAGAAGAAUGCUUCAGUCCAGUUGAACUACAUAAUCCACAUUGAAGAUAUCAAGCCAUGGCCACCAUCUCAAUCUCUGAGGUCUCUCCGGUCUGUACUAAUUCAGUGGGAACAUGGUGACCGCCAUUCAGGCUCUACCAAAGCUGUAGUCCCAUCAAUUGGGACAGUAGUUGGCGAGGGGAAGAUUGAAUUCAACGAGUCCAUUAGAUUGCCAGUCACUUUGGCGAGGGACCUAAAAGCCAAGGAUGGUGAUGUGUUCAAGAAGAGUCGGAUAGAGUUCAACUUGUGUGAGCCUAGGAGGGAAAAUAAGGCCCAGUUGCUUGCUACUGCUGUAAUAGACCUGGCAGAUUAUGGCGUGGUAAAAAAUACAACUAGUGCUAGUGCUCCAAUGAAGAGCACUCGGAGCUUUACAAACAGUUCCCAGCCUGUUUUGUUCAUUAAGAUCCAGCCAGCUAGUAAAGGCCAUCCUGGAUCUAAAGUCCAGGGUGGAGGCUUAUCUAGAGGUGUAUCGCUUGAUACGAAUGGUGGCGAUUCGGUGUUGGGGUUGAUGAAUGAAGAGUUUGCCGAGGAAGCUGAGCUUUCUACUUUCACUGAUGAUGACGUGUCAUCUCACUCUUCCAUGAGCAACAGCGGAGUUCCUGCUCAUGAAAAGAAUGAACCAAAUGGAGUGACAAAUAGUAAUGGAGUGCUCAUGCAAGAGCAUGCAAAUGCUUCAAAACUGAGGCUUGAAAACAAUAUUAAUUCACAAGAAAGUUUGAAGGGGAGUUCUUCACGUUCAUCAUCUUCUGUAGAUUUAUCUUCUGAUCCAGGCAGCCCAAUCAACGGUCAUGCUUCUGUGGCGAAGUCUCUUGAUUCCGCUUCAGUCAUUAAUCCAAGGAAUGAACAGAGCCUUCAAUCCUCUUCGUCACACACUACGGAUGUAAUAGUAGAGGAGACUGUUGAAAGUCGAAGCAGUGUUGACCAUGGAAGUUCAGCAUAUGUGGAUGGUGUAGAAAUUGAAAGUCGAAGCAGUGAAGUCAUGAAUGAGAGAGAAAACCAGGGAAGUGAACAAAGCACUGAAACCAUGGAUGAAGGAUUUCCCUUGACUGCAGAUAUUGGAAUGAGAGGAAGCUUAACGAAACCAGAUAGACUGAAGAACGUGAGAUCAGUCAGGUCUGCAUCAGAUUCAGGUAGGAGUAAUGGAGGUGUUAGCAGAAGUCUGCCCGAAACUGAACAAGUUGAUGUGCUGGGAGAUGAUCAGAACAGUGUUGGGAGCAUGAGAAUUAGUGAAAGAAAAAGUGCCAAGAUCUCUCCGAAGGACACCAGCACCACUGUGUUAGCUGGCAAAAUGCAGCAGUUGGAGCACAAGAUCAAGGUGCUCGAAGGAGAGCUGAGAGAAGCUGCUGCCAUUGAGGCUGCACUUUACUCUGUUGUUGCUGAGCAUGGAAGCUCCAUCAGUAAGGUGCAUGCUCCGGCUAGGCGCCUAUCAAGAAUGUAUCUUAAUGCCUCUGGAGUCGCCAGGAGAGCCAGUGCAGCCCGAAGUGCGGUUUCAGGAAUGGUUCUAGUGGCAAAGUCAUGUGGCAACGAUGUCCCCAGAUUGACAUUUUGGUUGUCAAACUCGGUUGUACUAAGAGCAAUCAUAAGCCAAGCAAUGUAUGAGUCAGCGGAAAUGAAUUGUGCUGAAAAGCGAAACGAAGUGAUAUCAUCAUUGACUUCUAUCAGAAAGGGAAAGGGAAGUUCAAUAUCUGACGAUACUGAAGAUUGGGAGGACCCUCACACUUUCAUAUCAGCACUUGAAAGAGUUGAAGCUUGGAUCUUUUCCAGAACUGUAGAAUCCAUUUGGUGGCAGACUCUUACUCCACACAUGCAAUCUGCAGCCACCAAAGGGAUUGACAAAGUGAGUGCUUCAGACUCCAACAAAAACCUUACUCGAUCCUCAAGUUCAUGCGAUCAAGCGCAGGGGAACUUUUCAUUGGAGCUUUGGAAGAAUGCAUUCAAGGAUGCCUGUGAAAGGCUUUGUCCAGUUCGAGCAGGAGGGCAUGAGUGUGGUUGCUUGCCUGAGCUAGCAAGACAGGUGAUGGAGCAAUGUGUGUCUAGAUUGGAUGUGGCUAUGUUCAAUGCAAUACUCCGCGAAUCUGAUGACGAAAUCCCAACAGAUCCAGUGUCUGAUCCCAUAAGCGAUCCAAGGGUUCUCCCAAUCGCGGCUGGGAUAUCAAGCUUUGGAGCUGGUGCACAACUAAAAAAUGCGAUUGGAAACUGGUCGAGAUGGCUCACCGACCUAUUUGGCUUGGACGAUGAUGAUGUUGACCCUUGUGAGGACCACAACAAUGACCCAGAUGAGGAUGAUGAUAGACAAGACACUUCCUUCAAGUCUUUCUAUCUGCUUAAUGCUCUUAGUGAUCUUAUGAUGCUUCCAAAGGACUUGCUCUUAAGUAGAACCAUAAGGAAAGAGGUGUGUCCUACAUUUGGGACACCAUUAAUCAAGAGGAUUCUAUAUAGUUUCGUCUCGGAUGAGUUCUGCCCUGAUCCUGUACCAAAUAUUGUCCUUGAAGCCUUAGAGUCCGAGGACAAUGCCCCGGCAGAAGAAGGUUGUGUUACGACUGUGCCAUGCAUUGCAGCUCCUCCAGUCUAUCUACCAUCUUCAUCAGCUUCUGUUGCUGCCACAAUUGGAGAGCUUGGAAACCAAUCCCAGCUCAGGAGAAGUGGUUCGUCCGUGCUGAGAAAAGCAUACACUAGCGACGAUGAGCUCGACGAGCUGAAAUCGCCUCUGGCUUCAAUCUUCCCCGACCUGAUGUCUUGUUCAUCAUCAUCCCCUGCAGCCUGGAAACUGAAGGAGGGACAGAACCCGGUAAGGUACGACCUUCUGAGGGAGAUAUGGAAGAACAGUUAGUAGUCUGAUCUUGUAAACAACCACACAGUAGUAUAUAAAGAACGGGGAAAUCAUGACUGUUGUACAAAUUUUGGUGGUUCGCCUUCUUCUUCACCUGUGUUUGUACAAAUUGAGAGCCCAUUGUACAUUUACUGAAGUGCCAUGGAUAGCCAUUGCAGUGUUCGAAUAAUGGGCUUAAGAGUUGCAUAUUGCUUCGCUCUGAGUUUCUGCUUAGCUGCUGUUGGUUAACCACUAAAUAGAUUUCAAAC